UCGAAUAGUAAAUACACCAAAGCCCGUGAUGGUGAGCGAAAAUGCUCUCAUUCUCCGUUUCGUUUGCCACCUCCAUCUACGUGGCGCCCCUCUUUAUAAACCAGCUCCGACGGGUAGCACCUUCAAUUUUCAAAUCUUCCAGAUCGAAAUUCAAAGAGUAUACAGAAAGCAAGAAAGAGCGAAGUAAACCCAUCUCCGAAUCCCAAAUCUCCAAGCCCCGUGAAUUCAAAAUUCACCAUUUCUAGGGUUUCAAUUGCACUCGGAGUGAUUACCAGUACCUUCCUUUCACCCUCCGAUGAAACAUUAGCGGAAGAAAAAUCAGAUUUUUUGUUGCUAUGAUUUCUAGGGUUUUGGCGAGUCUAGGUUUUUCCAAGAUCGAUAAGAAAGAAUGAGAAAGAAUGAAUCUUCCGCAAGAGAUCGAUGACUAUAUUAAAGAAUCGAUCGACCAGUCCUUGGGCCUCCCUGUGAUAUGAUCUGUAAUCAGUGAUUAGCUUAAUUACUAUUAAGGGUUUUAUUAUUGGGAUUAUUAGGCUUAUUCAUACUUUAGCGGAGUUUGUUAUAAUUAGCGAGCUGGCAUGAUGAGUCAUGACUUGUAUAAGAGCACUAGCUCUUAGUAUUGUAAGGCAGAACAGAAUUUACAAGAAAGAAAUUAAUUACAAAAAUAUUUGGAGCUCUGCUCCUUCAUCUUCCUUCCCUCUUCCUCUCUAUCCUCUGUGUUACUUGCAGGUUGAUUAAGGGCUUAGAGAUUUGGAUCUUAUCACCCUGUGUCGACGCAUGCCCUCGAAGUGAAGCUUCGAUGCUCCGAAGUAGCAAAACGGCGGCUUCAGAAUCAGUACUCGCUUCUUCUCUCGAAAUUGAAGGAGAAAGAGCAAGUCCUGGAGCGCGCUAAGGAUCGUGAUUUUACAUAUUCAUAAUUGUAUAGAUACACACACACAUACAUAUUUUGGAUUUUUGGGUUUUGAAUGUUUUGUAAAAUAGGCCGAAGUGAGUAUGAAUGAACAAGCUUUGAGGAAGUUCGUUGAGGAGAAUCAGAGAUUGACGUCGGAGUGUGCGCAUCUUGUGACUCGGUGCAACAAAUGGGAGAGGGAGUGCUCGCUCUACGAUCAUGACCGAGAGGAUCUGAUGGAUUUUGGGAAGGAGGCUGAUCAGCGUGCUAAGGAGGCCAAGAUUCGUGUUCUGGAGGACGAAGUCAGAGAGUUGAGGGAUGAAUUGGCGUUAUUUAAGUACAAAAAGGAGAUGCAUUCGCUUGAAGCUGUGGUGUCAAAAAGUUCUAUCACUAGUUGCUGUGGUAAAGGCACUUGAGAAGGAUAAGGAACAUCUUAGGAUCAAUCUUCAUAUGGCCGAAGAGGAGGUCAAAUUGAUUUUUGAAGAAAACAAAGUCCUAGAUGUGGAGAACAAAAGAUUACUGAGGCUGUACCAGAAGGAAAGAAACCAUUCUGCUUCUGGUGGAAAACAUACUGACAGUGCAUCAGCGAAGAUGGGACAAAGGUCAAAUAUGCACAAAUCAAGCUCUAAGACAAGCAGCCCGAUUCAAGGGAAGAUUGAUUUCAGUGAGCAAGAAGCAGCAAGACAGCCCCUAUCACCCUUGCGCUGUAACUCCCCUAACUCUAGAAUCUAUAAGAAGUGGUAAGCCUUUCGAACAAUCCCAUUUGUACCUUGUGUGUUCGGGAUGCCUUAUGAUUGAUUGGGGUUAAGAUCACAGAAAGAGUUUGGAAUGACUAACAAGUUUGAUUGUAAGAAUCGUUUGCUAAGUCUUUUAGUAAAUGGUUGGGCGUUUUUCUGUUCAA